UUCUCGACUACUACAACUCGGUGUUGUUGUUUGUUUCUAGGGAACCCGCAACUCUCCUUCUCCUCACUACCUGAUAUACCCGUGGAUACCAUCGAUUGAUAUCUACAAUACCUACUCGAUAUUCGAAAGGAUCGUUGAGCCCGAGAGAAACAAACCAUGGCUCCAAUGGCAAUCACACCGCCGUCCGAAGCACAAGUCGACAAGACAUCCGACCUAACCCUCAGCGGCAUCACGACGGCGCUCCAAAAAACCGCCCCAACACACCUCGACGCAGCAACCCUCACCCCAUCCAUCACGCAACCGCAAAAGCCCGUCCUCGCACAACCCCCUCCCCAACCCCUCCCAGACCUCAACGCCUCCCUCCUCCAAGAAACCCACGCCACACCCUCCCAACUCCGCCCCGUCCCCGCCCUCACCGACCCCCUCCGCGCAACCCAACGCCUAGCCACAGACCACAUGAUCCAAGCCCACUGGAGCCUCAGCACAGGCUGGACAGCGCCGACGCUGACGCCGUACGGCCCGCUCGCCCUGAUGCCGUCGGCGUCGUGCCUGCACUACGCGACCGAGUGCUUCGAAGGGAUGAAGCUGUACCGCGGGCACGACGGCGCGCUGCGGCUGUUCCGGCCCGCGCUCAACUGCAACCGCAUGCUCAUGUCAGCGACGCGCAUCGCGCUGCCCGCGUUCCCCCCCGCCCAGCUCCUUGCCCUCAUCGUCAAGCUCUGCGAGACCGACGGCCCGCGCUGGCUCCCCAAACAUAACCCCGGCCAGUUCCUGUAUAUCCGCCCCACCAUGAUCGCCACCGACCCGGCCAUCGGCGUCCAGCGGCCCACAGAGGCAAUGCUGUUUAUCAUCUUGACUGUCCUGCCGCAAAUGGAUGCUGUGCCCGGCGGCGUCAAGCUGCUCGCCAGCAACGACGACAUGUGUCGUGCGUGGCCCGGCGGGUUCGGGUACGCGAAAGUCGGCGCGAAUUACGGGCCGUCGCUCGUGGCGCAGGGCGAGGCGCGCGCACGCGGCUACGAUCAGAUUCUGUGGCUGUUCGGCGACGACGGCGUCGUGACGGAGGCGGGCGCGAGUAAUUUCUUCGUCGUGUGGAGGGAGAAAGGGACCGGGGUGCUGCAGUUGGUGACUGCCGGGUUGGGAGAGCGGAUUGUGUUGGAUGGGGUUACGAGGAGGAGUGUGCUGGAGCUUGCGAGGGGGAGGCUUGCUAAGGGGACCACGGCGGGGGAGGUCGAGGGGUUGGAGGUGGUGGAGAGGAGGUUUACCAUGGACGAGAUUAGGGUUGCGGCUGAGGAGGGGAGGCUCGUUGAGGCGUUUGCGUCUGGCACCGCGUGGUUUGUUGCCCCGAUUUCAAAGAUUCAUUAUAAAGGUGAGGAUGUGGAGAUUCCGAUGGCUGGCGGGGAUAUGGGGGUUUACACGGGGUUGCUGAAGGGGUGGUUGAAGGGGAUUAUGUGGGGGGAGGAGGCCGAGAGGGAGAAUCCCUGGGGGGUUGUUGUGAACGAGCAGUAG